UGAUCCCAGGCAACGAAACACACCGACUGGCAUCUGCGCUGGAUCCGAGCGAGGAUCUGUGUUCACUGCGUCCCACACACACUCAAACACACACUGCCCGGUGCACCGCAGGAUGAACGCGCUCUGGAGGUUUGGACACUUUGGACAGCUGCGCGCAGGGUGAGACAGGAUUUAGUGGAGAAGUUGGUUUUCCCUGCGGCGGUGCCCGAGCCGAGGUCUCUCGCUGUCAAGUCGUGAGAGGGAUUUCUGACUUUUUUUUCCCUCCACUGUUGCCAAAUUGCUCCGCGAGGCUCGGGGACUUACGGAUUUUAAAGUAGUUUUGUGGAUUUUUAUAAAGUUUACAGGAGAAUAAAGGCUGUUUUUCUUCUUCUGAAAGGGGGAGAUUUUGGAUACAAAACGUGAUAAUUUUGGUCAGUGACGAGGAGUUGUUGGAUAAUUUCUUGCGGCGUUGGAGGCUGCCCUUCUGCUGGACAGCAUGCGAUUGGAGGAUGUUGUCUGAGUCGGGCCUCGCUGCUCUGCGUCUCACCUCGUCGUCUAGAGGAAUGACGGCUCUGUGGUGCUCACUCUGGAUUUCCUGCCUCCUGCCUCUGUGCGUCGCUCCUGCCAGGCUGCCCACCGCUCAGCCCACAGACUCUGUGUCCAGCGAGUCAGCCUUCCUGGAGGACCAUGUCCUGGGCAUGGGGGAAACCCUGGAAUUGCCAUGUGACCUGGAGGACCACUCGGAGCCCGUCGCCUGGUUCAAAGACGGCGCCGGGCUGGUGCCUGGCAACCGGACGCGGCUGAGCCAGAGGAUGUUGCGCAUCAUCAACGUGUCGUACGAGGACUCAGGCGUGUACUCGUGUCUGCUCACGCACAGCAACACGCUGCUCAGCAAUUACACCAUCCGGGUGACAGAUUCACUCUCAUCUGGUGAUGAUGAAGACUAUGACGAAGAUCCAGAAGAUGCAGGUAAUGGAAAUGAAGCUCCAUAUUGGACCCGGCCUGACCGGAUGGACAAGAAGCUGCUGGCUGUUCCCGCCGCCAACACAGUGAAGUUUCGCUGCGCAGCGUCGGGAAACCCGCAGCCGACCAUCCACUGGCUGAAGAACGGCAAAGAGUUCAAGGGAGAGCAGAGGAUGGGAGGCAUCAAGCUGAGACACCAGCAGUGGAGUCUGGUGAUGGAGAGCGCCGUGCCAUCAGACCGAGGAAACUACACCUGCGUCGUGCAGAACAAGUACGGCUCCAUCACCCACACCUACCAGCUGGAUGUGCUAGAGCGCUCCCCCCACAGACCCAUCCUGCAGGCCGGCCUCCCAGCCAAUCAGUCGGUGGUGGUGGGCAGCGACGUGGAGUUUCACUGUAAGGUGUACAGCGACGCCCAGCCGCACAUCCAGUGGCUCAAACACAUCGAGGUCAACGGCAGCCGCUACGGCCCCGACGGCAUUCCCUACGUCAACAUCCUGAAGGACUUUGCUGUAAAGGCCUCACUGUUCCCUUUACAGAGGCUGUUCAGUAAACACACUGAGACCCACAGUAAGUUGAAACUGUCCAACGUGACAGAGAGAAACGCCGGGAAGUACUGGUGUCGCGCCUCAAACUUUGUAGGCAAGUCGGAAAACGCUUUCUGGCUCAUGGUGCACAAACCAGCAGUUAGCGCUGAAAAGGAGGACUACUACGCUGACGUCCUCAUCUACGUGACGGGCUGCGUGCUGUUCAUCCUUGCCGUGGUCAUCGUGGUCCUUUGCCGCAUGAGGAUGACGACGCAGAAGACGCUGCCAACGCCACCCGUGCAGAAACUGUCAAAGUUCCCCCUCAAGAGACAGCAGGUUUCCUUGGAUUCUAACUCCUCCAUGAACUCCAACACCCCGUUGGUGCGGAUCGCCCGCCUGUCCUCCAGCGACGGACCGAUGCUGGCCAACGUCUCGGAGCUGGAGCUGCCCUCCGACCCCAAAUGGGAGUUUCCUCGAACGCGUCUGACUCUGGGUAAGCCUCUGGGCGAGGGAUGCUUCGGGCAGGUGGUGAUGGCCGAGGCUAUCGGCAUCGACAAAGAGAAGCCCAACAAGCCGCUGGAUGUUGCUGUGAAGAUGCUGAAAGAUGACGCCACGGAUAAAGACUUGUCAGACCUGGUGUCGGAGAUGGAGAUGAUGAAGAUGAUCGGAAAACACAAAAACAUUAUCAACCUGCUGGGAGCGUGCACGCAGGACGGCCCUCUGUACGUCCUGGUGGAGUACGCCUCUAAGGGCAACCUGAGGGAGUACCUGCGGGCGCGGCGGCCACCGGGCAUGGACUACUCGUUCGACACCUGUAAAAUCCCAGACGAGCAGCUCACCUUCAAAGACCUCGUGUCUUGCGCCUACCAGGUGGCCCGAGGCAUGGAGUACCUCGCCUCGCAGAAGUGUAUCCACAGAGACUUGGCAGCCAGAAACGUCCUUGUGACAGAGGACAACGUUAUGAAGAUCGCCGACUUUGGUCUCGCCAGAGAUGUGCACAAUAUAGACUACUACAAAAAGACCACGAACGGUCGUCUCCCCGUGAAAUGGAUGGCUCCGGAGGCUCUGUUCGACCGGGUCUACACGCACCAGAGCGAUGUGUGGUCCUAUGGGGUGUUGUUGUGGGAGAUCUUCACUUUGGGAGGCUCGCCGUACCCCGGUAUCCCAGUAGAAGAACUGUUUAAGCUGCUGAAGGAGGGACACCGCAUGGACAAACCUGCCAACUGCACGCAUGAACUGUACAUGAUCAUGAGGGAGUGCUGGCACGCGGUGCCGUCGCAGAGACCGACCUUCAGACAGCUGGUAGAAGAUCACGACCGGGUUUUAUCCAUGACCUCCACCGACGAGUACUUGGACCUGGCGGUGCCCUUCGAGCAGUACUCGCCCACCUGUCAGGACUCCAACAGCACCUGCUCCUCGGGAGACGACUCGGUGUUCGCCCACGACCCGCUGCCCGACGAGCCCUGUCUUCCCAAACAGCUCCCCAGUAAUGGGGUGAUAAGGACAUAAAAUCUGAGCUUGGGGAGGGGGUUAGCGUUGGACUUUAACCUCCUUCUCACAGUUUGAGAUUGACCUCUCAGUGACUCCUCAAGAUUUGGAAACUCAGCAUGCAAUACUUCCAGUGCUUCAGCUCUUCAAUUCGUCUUAAAACUCUUAAAUCCUCUGACUGAGAUUUCCUCCUCCUCCUCCUCCUCCUCCUCCCUAAGAUACUCUUGAAAACAUUGAAGGAUUAUUUUUUGAACCAUGUUCUGAAAUUAUAUUUUUGUACUCGGGCCAGUCUUUUCUUACGGACAAUCUGUGGGGUGAAACCAUUCCGUGCCUACUGGGAUAAAUAAACCUCCUGACUGAUUUUUUAAAAAAAGGAUAUAAGAGGAGAAGGUGAAUGGCAUUGGUCAGUGACUGGUUGGCGAUCCAGGAGGCGAGGACCUCAGAUUUUUUCCCCUCGUCUGCGCGAAGCCCUAAAAUCGCAAUAAAAGUUUGCGAAUCCGUUGACAAGAAACCAGCAAAGCCAGAAUCAACUCGAUGAUGGGACUCGUUCUUCCGAAGACUCUUUUCUAUCACAGAAGACGCUCAACAACCGAGAGGAUCACAUGAGCAUAUAGCGUGUUUUUCUCAUCCGUUUGUACGACAUUUUAUCAUCCCGAAAAAAAAGGUUUUGUGAUCAUCACGAAACAAAUUCCUCAUCAAGCGUGAGGGGAAGUUUCAGGGCCAUUCAGUAAUUAGUACGAUAAGGUUUGGAGUUUCUUAUGUAUGUAGAAAAAUGAUUUAUUGUAAAUAUAUAAAUGCAAAUAUGUAUCAUAUUGCUGUUUACAGCCAUGUACUUAAAAGACAAAAAAUUACAUUUUUUGAAAGCAUUGUUUUUAGGAAGCAAUCUAGAAGACACUGAGGUGAAAGUGUGAAACAUUUAAUCAUUUAAAGUGAUACAGAAAAGGUUUAUUUGAAUAAUUAACGUGUAUAUUUGUAAAGAUAUUUAUAGACUUAACAUGUGGUUUCUUAAGUUGGAAAGGUCUAGUUUAGGAUUUUAGUACUGUACGCAAAGAUUUUUAUUUCUGUUUUUUCGUAACUUAUUUUACAACAGAACUGCAACUCCUCUGGUUUUUAAAUCCAUCAUGUUUUUGUUUUUUUUUUGCAGUUUUUGAAAAGAAAAUAAGAAUGUAUAAGAGAGGGGAAGAUGGUGUUUGGGAGUGACUGGGAAACUGAACGCUCCCGCUGAAGGGAAGCCGGACGUUUCCGCUGAGUUCAGAUUCUGAUUUGAAAAGUUGACGUUUGCAAUAUCAAGCAACGAUUAGCUCUUGCUGGGCAAGAAAUGGCAGCGCUUCAAGUGAUGUACAGAGAGGCCUUUUAGUACGAUUUAAGUACUUAAAGACGUUUUGAACACCCACAACCAUUAGCUGUGAAACAUAAAGAGCCUUCGGAGAUCCUCAGCUGCCUUUUUAAAGGAAAUAUCCUUCUUCUAAUGACUCAUUGGUUAGUAUGUUAUGCUCAUUAAAACAGAGAAUUAUCCCAACUUUACCUAUAACUGCAUUUCCCAGAAUCCUUUUCAGCUGUUUGUUAAAGAACAUGCUUGAACCUGUGUGUGAGAAAUGUGAUAAUGUGCAAGUUUUACCCACAUUUUUGUAAGAGCUUACCAACUACAAAGAAAAUUGACAAAAUGACAUGGCCUAAUCGGCAUUAUUCUGCAAUGCAUUCUGGGAUUUGGAGUCCAAUAUGAUUGCAGAAACUGUUAACUCGUCCUCUUGGAGAUUCACAUAAAUGAUGAUAAUCCCUCCCUGUGAUCUUCGAACUUUGACAUUGACCUUUAACAUACAAGAAUAAGUUAAAUGACUGAAAGGACCCAGGACUUCACCUUCACCUUAACUUUCCCAGAGUUAAAGCAUUUGUAGAUGGACAUUUUCUUUUAAAGGUCGCUCUGAAGGCUUCAAACUCUUUUAAUGUAACAGUAAGGUCACAGGGUCGAUGCUAACAUGCUGCGUCGGUGUCAAAGUGCCCUUGAGCAAGACACUGGUGGAUUAAAACAUCAGCUUGAAGGCAGAAAUUUGAAGCUGUUAUGUCCUUUUGUGCGGAGAAAAAAAACUGCCCAUACGCUUGAGAUUUUAUCGCUGCUCUAUAGUAUUAAUACUGAAAUGAAGGCAUGCUGUGCGACUAACGAGUCACACAGCAAAUAUAUAUAUAUAUAUAUAUAUAUAAAUAUACAGUGUAUAUAUAUAUCAGUUUGUUAACCCUGAAGUAUGUGGUGGAUCCUUGGUUUGCAGAAGUGCCAAAUUAGUCUUAAAAGUCUAUUUCUCAGAGUUCAUCAGAUCUCUGAACCAAACGCUGCACUGUGGAAUGUAGGCGGGCGGGGGUUACAUGUGCAGGGAAGGAUCACGGGAUUGCCAAAUGGAUAUCCUCCCUUUUUCUUUACGCAGUCGUUUCUCCAGCUGACCCCAAAAAAAAGCGAAAAGGGCUGAAAUGUGUACAGAGUCUGAAUUCAGUCACAAAAGGGAAAGAGACAUUUGGAAAAGAGGAAAAUUUGAAAGGUUCAGAAACACGAUUCACUCGCUGCUAAAUGGAAACGGUGGUAACACUUUACUGUGCAAUGGCCUUCUUAUAGUGUGUGAACUGAAUUUUUUGCAGAGACAUUUAUUGUAAUUACCCAACAAGACUGUGUCAGUACUUAAUGAAAUCCCCACCAAUGUUUAAAGUACUUAAAAAUCUGUAUUUAUUUCUAUUACACUGGGAGAGUUUUGAUUUUAAGCACCAAUUUAUGUGAUUUUUCUUUUGGUUUCUGCACAAAAACAAGGCCUUUGUAAAGUGAAAGGUUACACCCAGUUAUUGUUAUCUCUGUUUUGAGUGCAGUUUUGGCCCAAAUCUAUGAAGUGCCUGGAAUAAUUUAGCGAACAAAAAGGAGAUUAGUUGAUUUUAUUUUGACCAUGUUUUGAAUGUAUAAUUUGCAAAAUGAUAAACGAAAUAAAAGACGCAGUUCUCUCUAGAAGCUGGCUAUGUUAGUGUUAGCCUUUGAAAGACAAAAAGGCACUUGUGUAAAGGUUGGAUGGAUCUAAUGAAACGCUGUUUUGUUUUAUUUAUUCUUCCAUACUGGGUAAAAGCUUUCCCUAUGGUGAAAGUAUUUUUAUUCAUAGCUAUCUGCUUUUCAGUGUUGUUUUUCAUUAAAGAGCCAGAACAUGAUGAUGAUGUAGAGUAGUCUUUUUAUCAGAUGCUGAUGCCCCCCCCCUCCCCCCCACCAUCAGGCCUUGCACCUGGCUUUAUUCAACCGUUUAUUUUAUUUUGGAUGCCCUCCUCUUUUCUUUUAUUCUAUCUUAUCGAUACUGACAGCCUCUGUCUCUCUGUUCUUCAUUUUUAAAAGGAUGUAUUGUGUUUAACAUUUGUUUGGUUUAUGGCAGCAAAAGUAAAGUACUGUAUCUUCCAAAAAUAUCUAUUAUAAAAGACCUGAAAGGAUGGGCUGUCCUCCAGGUAUUUCAAAGCUAUUGAAACUUUAAAUUAAGUAAUUAACGGAUGGGCUGGUAAAUGGAUUGGUGCCAUUAUUAAAAUCACAAUCUCCAAAGUGGCAGCUUUUCAGUAAAAAAAACAGUCAUCAAAUAGGACAAGUAAAGUCAGCCUUUCAAAUUUGUUUAUAAGUAAGUAGUAAAUACAAUUUAAAUUAAUUUGCCAAAAUGUAAAGAAAUAUGAAAUAAAAAUCCUCGAGCGUUCCAUGGCUUUCCCACGGCAACUGUUGCUAGCGAUUGACAGCCAGUGUUGCUAAGAGACGGGCAGUCAAUUCCAAUCGGAAGCUUCCUAGCAUUAGCACCGAUUCCGACUAGAAAUUGGACAUAAACACACGUGUAAUGGGACAGAAACAACACAGGAUACAGUCUGUUCUAGAAAAUAAAAUGUGUUAAGCUACAAAUGUUUGAGUUUGAUGCUUAAACAAUUAAAAAAACUGACAUUUUGAGUUUAAGUUUUGGAGUCUAGUGCAAACACAUCCAUAUUGCGUUGCCCAACAGACAGAUGUUAAAAACAACACGUGCUUUUUCAGAGUGAACAUAUUUUCUUUCCUAUUGAAUGAUUAAACAGCAUGGCCUCAGCAGGGAGCGACUCUUACUGUAUGUACAGACACACAUCGGCCUUUACCCACCUGUUGUCUCUACUCUGACUGACUUAUUUAUUCUCUUUCUGCUCAACAAAAGAAAAACAAACAGGAUUGAAAAUGAAAUUGGGAGGAGAGGGCUGUUAUCUCAGCUUCAUUUCCAUUCCAGGGAUAUCAAAACUAUUCAUAUUCCACAUGUUUUUUGUGGAUUUUAUUCUAUUGAAACACGUUUUUUCAUCCCAUUUUCAUUUCAUCAUGUCGUUCUAACCCAACAAUGUUAGUGCAGAUUAAUUUAUAGUUUGAAAUGUGCUUUUAUGUUGCCGAUGUAGAGUUUUAUGUAGCUAUGUUGUAAGAACUAUAGAGGAAAUGAUUUUCAUACACAUUUAUUUCAUUUUGCAUUCCACAUCAGGUUUUCACAACAACAGCGAGACAAAAUCAUGUUUGUCCUUUGAUUCUUUUUUCCCCCCAACCCCACGUAAUUUAUUUUGCUCCCUCUGAACUUUUUAACAUAGAAAGGUGGAACUAACCAUUUGGCAUUAUGUGAGUUUUUUUAUUUGUAAUUCAUAGCCUGUUUGUUGCAAUGUACCUGUUUUGAUCAUGAUGAAUGCUCUGUAACAUUCCACCACAACAAACCCUCUGGGCAAACAUCUCCCACUGAGGGGGGAAAAAAACAAUUUCACUCCUCUCUCUCUCAGUCUCUCUAUCUCUCUCUGUGCCUGACAAACUAUGCUGUCAAAAAGGUUUUCAAUAAACAUGUUAUAAUAGCG